GCGUGCGCACUCUCGGUCCUCUUUUUCUUGGAAGGUAAGUGCGGGGUGGCGCGUGUUUCUGCCUUGCGGGGACUAAACGCAGCGUUUAACGGGCUUUUUACAGCGAGCUGUCGGACGGACUCAGAGUGCCCCUGACCCUUCGCACCAUGGCAGAUCCCGAACUUGACUUCACGACUGGCGAUUCUGGCGCCUCCGCCACCUACCCCAUGCAGUGCUCCGCUCUGCGUAAGAACGGCUACGUGGUGCUGAAGGGACAUCCCUGCAAAAUUGUGGAGAUGUCCACCUCCAAGACCGGAAAGCACGGACAUGCUAAGGUCAACCUGGUUGGUAUCGACAUCUUCACCAACAAGAAGCAUGAAGAUAUGUGCCCCUCCACCCACAACAUGGAUGUCCCCUCCAUCAAGAGGAUAGACUACCAGCUGCUCAACAUCAACGAGAACUACAUGACCUUGAUGAGCGACAACGGUGACAUCAGGGAGGACCUGCGCGUCCCCGACAGCGAUGUCGGCAGAGAAAUCGAGGCGAAGUUCGAAGCGGGUGAUGAAUUCAUGGUCACUGUGAUUUCUGCCAUGGGGGAGGAAUGUGCUGUCGCUACCAAGGUCCUGGGCACCAAAUAGAGGGAGACUGACUUUGCCGCCCAGGCAACAAAGCACCACCCACAACCAGUCUCUUGCAUUCUCAUUGGUUCUGUCACCAAAGCGUCGGCCUUCACAGACAACCUCAAUCAUUCUGUUGUGAUUUCUCUCAUCAUUGAUCUUUUUUUUUCUUAGUUUUGUUUUUUUCCCUCCCCUCCUCCCCCCUUCUCAUUUCUCUUUUCCAUCGCCGUCGGGGAAAGUUCGUCGCGGCGUUUUAAUCGCUGCGUCGCUCUCUGCCCCGAUCGCUGAGGUUUUUUUUUUUUUUUCGUUUGGUAACAAUCUACUUUAUAUAAAACGACUUCAAAAAUAAUGAUCAGUUGCUCAUUCCUGCUUAUUUUUGCCUUCAAAGUGUUGGUUUCGCCACUCACAUUCCUGAAUGUUGAAAUAACACCGGGAUUCAGCUUUUGUAUGAUUAUUUUUUAUAUUCUUGAAUAUAGCAGGUCUAAAGCCUUUUAGAGGGAAGGGAAGGGGGGCACUUAUUUGAGUUGUUAACGCCGCGGGAGGGAGGGUUGCCCCCUGUAGAUAUUAACUUGUGGUUUAGGUCGUCCCUCUAGCAGCCAUACCGCUUUCCAGCAUGGCCUUUGCUCUGGUUCCUGCGUGGAUUGGGCGCGACAAGGUCCAUCUUUCUUUCUCCUAUUGGCUGGGAAUGGUGGUGGCUAGCACUUAGGAGCAUUUGAAGUCCACCCCAGCAUGUCAAAGCUCUAAAAACCAAGAAAAGAGAAUAACUUUUUUUUUUUUUUUUUUUUCUUCCCGCCCCCCCAGAAGAACAGAAACAAACUUCAGUAAUUUCCCCUCGUGAUGCCAGUCUCUUGUCUAUAUAGAAGUUUGAGAGGCGUGAGCGUCCCGUGCACUCACGCCUCUCGUCCACCGGGGCGGUCGAGGGCUCGCCCCCCGCCGCCCCGGUCACCCCCACCCCCCAAUACAAAAGGAGUGUUCUAUCUUGUUUUGAGAGGCAUGAGUGUGUGUCGAGGUGUGGGCCUCCCAAAAAAUGUGUGAGGCGGUUUGCAGUGAGGCGUGUUUCUUUUGAGGGACUCGAUCGGGUUGGGGAGGGUGGUAAGAGUUGCAAACUUUUUGUUCACUUGAGGCCUUUGUCACCUGACUGGAGAUGGCAAAAAUAAAACGAAACAAAUGGACAAAAACUGCAAA